AUGGUAUUAGUUGUGAAUUUCCCGUCGCGUGGAUCGCGGGUGGUUGGUUUCCUGCCCUCUUUCUCCAGCCCGAAUCCCCACCUUACAUGUCUGCCAUCCGCCUCAUGGCGUAUAUUUAUUUCUUUUUUUUUUUUUUUUUUGCUUCGGACAUUUCCGCUGCGAUUGUCAUGGUGUUUUUGUAUGCGUGUGUGCGUUGCCGGGAGGAGGGACGCGCAGCCCACAAGAGAAAAGGGGCUGUGUGGAUUGUGCAUGCAAGCAUGCCGUCAAUUCCUUCGUCACAGGAUCAAAAGGGGUGGCCAUACCGCGUGGGUAUGUGAAGUUUCUCUCGCGGAGAUGUCCAAGCAGGGCGAGGGCAUUUUUUCCGAAGGCGACACGACGGCGUUGCGACCCCCGUUUUCCUCCGCCCCCGUCGCGCGACGUCUCACCACGACAGAAGAGGCGGUGCGUCGCAUCUCGUUGUUUUACAGCCCUCACACAUAUGCCUACGGCCUUCUUAGUGCUCUUGUUCUUUUCGACGAGGCAAAGCGUCGUGGGCUUCUGGACCCCAAAGUGGAUGCGGGGAAGUUUUUUGUGCACCCCAUGGCGCUCGUUCGCCACCCGGAAAUGUUUUCACAGUUUUUUGGACCCGAACGGUCCCAAUUCUUUUCCGCGAUGCUUCAGCAACUUCUUGCCGUGCACGAUGCGGAGUACUCCUCCGUCGUGCGGGUGUGUCGUUCACAGGGUGUGGAUGCGACAAGGUGGAUCCCAUUCCUGCGCGGACUGUGUCUCUGCGUGAUUGCUGGCGACCCAAUACUCUCCGAGGCGAGUUUCGUCAUUGAGGACUUGAUUCUGAACGGUGUUCUCCAUGACGGUUUAAGUGUUCCUGGAGACUACAACGAUCGUGGCGUCUCAGUAGCCGACAUGCUCAUGGAGGCUGCCGUGGAACUUGGCUCGGCGAGGCUGUCGGAGCUCAGUUUGUCCGUAUACCGACAGUUUCUGCCGGAAACACCUUACGCGGUCAGCAAGAGGCUGGCUUUGUGUAUCACGCGAGGUGAGAGACGUCAUCUCGACUGGAACUUGCGAUGCCUCCCACGUAAGCCACGCGGCCGGUCACGUUUGAAGCGUUAA